AUGAAUUUGAGGGAUAACUCGUUAAAAUCCCUAGCCGAAACACAAUGCAAAUUAAACGCAUUAGAAGAACGGGUCAGUUUACCAUUGUCAUUAAAAGAGUAAUGGUGAAUUAUUAAACAAUUAUUAAAUCUCGACCGAUUCCGAAUUCAUGGGUAGAAUAAUUAUUCCAGUAAGUUCCUUUAGGAAAAUUUAUGGGUUUUUAAGGGCAAAAGCAUAAUACACCUCUAAAUGAUACCUGUGGAACGGCGUUUUACUUCUUUUCUAAAAAUAUACAGAGACAACACAAUUAUAUAGAGUUCCGGUGCAAAGGUAUAUAUACUUUUGUAGAGACAAUAUUGUGUUGCUUCGGAUUUAAUCAUAAUUCUUUCAAGUAAAAUUUAUUUUAACUGAAAGAAAUAUAAUAAAAUCUGAAGUGACACAAAAGUUCCCGCCUUUGGGUGUUGAGCGUGGUUUCAAUCACUUUGUUUUGGUCAGUUCAGUUUUAUAACAGUAAGUAUACAAGAAGGUUCGACCAGUUCAUGCAGAAUUACAGCUGCCGAUUUGUAAGACCAGUCUCUACAAAGACUGAUCCUACAUAUAAUAUAUAUUAUUCCAGGUGCCCCAGUGCAAUUUUUAGACUGGGGCAUCAGGAAUAAUGUGAAGGCAGAAAGUGUGCAAUGACGCUAAAAUGGCCCUGGUCCACAUACUAACGGGGAAAAUUUUGUAUAGUUCGUCUGGCACGUUUGAAACAUUUUGUUUGCAUCCUGCUGACAUAAGUGCAGUUUAUGUUAGAACCCGUCUCUUCGGUAAAUUUUCGUGUUCGUUUUGAGCUCCUUAUUAUGAACCAUAUAGUUCAUGAGUAAGAAGUACUACUUUUUGUCCCGUUUUCCUGACGUCCUUUUUCCCUGUAAUUCGGGUUUGGAGUGUACGAAACACUUAUAAGCUCGGGUUAACGUUGGUACGUUGGAAGAAGGUAUGAGUUACGCCUAAAUAUACGCAAAAAUAAAACCCUUCUUACCCGAGCGAAAGGUCAUUUGCACUCCUCGCCACUAUCGUGGCAAAAUUGCAAUCCACAAUACAAUUAGCCGCUAUCAAUAAGGAGGUAAGAAGCUUUCGUUGGCAUUUUAUGGUUUUUUGUGAUUUGUUUUGAAUUUAACAAAUAGUUUCUUGUCUGGACAAGGGCCUAGUGCAAAACUGAUGAAAAGAAUAUGUGGAUAAUCCACUGUAUCUCUUAUUGUCGAAAAUGACUAACGCGAAUGGCCCCACAACCAUACUAGCUUGGCUCGGCUAGGAAUCCGUUUGCACUGUAAACGCAAGCUGAUGGCGUCAACACUCAAAUCUUACAGCAAACGCCGAUAGUGAUUUCUAAUGUAAUGGUUUGCUCAUUAUAUAGUUUAGUAUAAACCGCUUAUCUGCACAUAAAAGGCACUCUGUAACGGCUGUCCAGCGCUAAGAUAGAUCCAACUAAACUAGCACCACUAGCCUACACCAAACUAUCUUUUCAAAUUGUUCAUUCGGAACGAAUGUUAAGGCAAUUUUUGCAUCACGUUCCCAAGCAGAAAGUAGUUUGAAUUUUCUGAACAAAAGAAAGUCUCAUUGACCAGAAAUCGAGUUGCAAUCUUGCAAUGUUAAUCGAAAAGUUAUAAAAUUAACCGUGUUUCACAAGCGGUCUUGUAAAUGCUAAAAGUGGCACAAUUUUGGGGCGACAUGCUAUCAAGAGAUCUUCUUAAAAGAAGGCAGGUCUUGGUACCAAUUUUUAGAGGUCCCUUUUCCAUGGUUUGUGAAGGAACUACAUAGACGAGAAAAUAAAUAAGUAUAAAUAGCAUCGCUGGUCUGUAAAACAAAACCAUUUAGCAAAUAUAACAUCCACUACUUUCAUUAUUUAAAGAACUUUUAACUUCUCCUUUUUAUAGUAUAUGCAGCUUCAGUGCGAUGCCCAGAAAUACAGAGAGGAGGCAAGGAUGGCCCAGUGUCAACUAAGUCUGACGGAGAAAGCCCUCGAGGAAUCGAAGAGCGAGAAUGCUGAACUGAAGCGUACAAUUGAGUCUCUCCGGGGGGACAUUGACAUCUAUGAAGGCCUCAAAGAGCGCAGCGCGGCAGCUAUUGCUGGACUUCAGAGCUCGAAUCGUGAAGCCUUGCGCAAUGUGGCUCACCUAGAAGCGCAAGUUAGGUACGCAACAUAGGUUGAUAGGAAAUCAGCUAAUCAACAUUGUAACAAUUUACGGUCAUUUGUUCGUGUUUUAAUUUUGAUACUUUAAUUAUACCUCUACAUUGCGAUCAACGGCCCAUUACUAUCAUCGGUUCAAUUAUUAUCAAUAUACACUAGGCUGGCUAUCUGAUGAAAGUUAUCGAAAUUUACGAAUGAUGUCAACCAUUUGCAAACCGACACCAACGCAUGUGCUUUAUAUCUUUAUUAAUAAAGUAAAACUUUACGGGAAUUGAAAACAUAGAACAACUAUCACGUCGUCUAGAUAUAGUAAUCUACUAAAAAAUCGAAAAACUCCAAAAACGUUAAAAGUGGUUGUAGUCGUGUAAACUGCAGUCUGGCCAUGCAAAGCAGUGAGUACCUGUGGCAGCAUAAAUAGAAUGGCCUCCGAAAAUAAUCACUUAGUGAAGUUUACAUCUAAAUAUUCUUUAAAAAUCAGUCAAAUUCCAGGUAUGGCAGUUUGUCAACAGCCUGGAUGCUGAGUAUAUAUUUAAAAACGGUUUCCCGAGAACUUGUUAUAUCUUCCACUUCUGCAUAAAUUGCAAUGAGAAUUGCUAAUAUAAAAGGAGUUUGCUUGGCUUACCCAAUAGAGGCGUCAUAGGAACAAACGUUUUCACAAGGACGUAGUAUUGAUUGAUUUAGCAUUUUCUGUCAUGUAGAAGGUCGUUUACGUCACAUCUGAAGAUCCACCUAAACAGCAAACCUCAUUGCCGAGUAAAACAAACGUCCACAACAAAAGUUAACUACGAAAGUGCCUUCCAUCAACGACAAGACGUUCUUUAACAAUUCACAUUUUAAGAAGUGCCUUUACAUCCCAUUUCGUUGAAAAAUUUCUGUGUGCUUUAAAUUUCUACAAGGUGAGGCCAAGCAAAUAUUUGAUACUUGUUCAUUUCUUUCACGUUGCUAAAACAUGCUAGUAUUUUUCAACUCUAUAUAUUGCAUCUAUUUUCGAUACCUCUGCCCAAUUUAAGGGCCGCGUUUUGUGGUUAUAAAUGCAUGGCAGAGCGGCCAUACAUGUGCUUAUAUUUUUCUGAAACUGCUAAUAUUUUGUUCGUUCCAUUUCUAAAUAACGUGCACACGGAAGGUAUACCGCACGAAAAGCAGCGUUAAUUAUGAGCAAAACUGCCAUUUUAACCGUUUUUGCUCACUUUUAGCCUGCAUUCUAAGAUUAUGAGUACAUGGCAGAGUGGCCUUAUAUAAAGGCGAAUGACUCACCCAGUUCUUUGCUGUGCUACAUGGUUUAGAUGUUUUUAACGACUUUUCUAAAAAAGGAUAUAAUUUUCACAUAAUGUUUUAGGGGCAUGAAGGAUAAACUCAACGAGUCGCCACAAAGGGAACCUGAGAUCGUGGAGAAAAUGAGAAGAUACGCUGCAGACCUAGCGACGCGCCUUGGUCUUCCAGAACUUGCGAAGACUGACCUUGACUUUUUAUUCUCGGAGGUUACUUGAAAUGCUUUGUUUCACGUAAUUAAUGAUUGAAUAUUGUCAAUUAACCCUAUGAUUAGCUUUAUAUCGAUUGAUGCGAAGGCGUUCGAAAUGUCUGACAACUUAGACUGACUACAAGUAAUUGUCCGUAUUGCAGGUAGCUUGACAUAAGAAAUAGCGGCGCACUCGAGGACACCAAUCGUGUCUCUAUCUUUCUCGCACUUGUGUAAACAUACAUAUAUAUAUAGGCAGAAUGGCAUUACCGACAAAGACAAGGGAGACUAAAAAUGGCCAUUUCUGGCUUAUUAGCCGUCGUCAGCCAGCCAUACCCAAGCCCGAAGUGUGGAACACUCGAGCCUCGAACUCGCGACCUGUUGGUUUAGAAGUCAACGCCUCUACUCACCGGGCCACGAGCCCGUUGCCUUGUCGGUUUUCGAUCGGGAAUAUACAAUGGUAGGGGCGCUCACCGAUCGUUCAUACGGAACUCACUCGUUCCGUUGUGCCUUAAGGGCUCUCUCUCGAGCCUAUAUAUCAUGCGCUGCUGUGCGGCUGCUGGUUGGGCUCGAGAGAGAGCCCUUAAGGCACAACGGAACGAGUGAGUUCCGUAUGAACGAUCGGUGAGCGCCCCUACCAUUAUAUAUAUAUACUUACGUAUACAUAUACAUAUAAUCAAAAAAUUUUAGUAUUCCAUUUUAUCUUUUGACUAUUUCCACAUUUGAAUUCCCGGUGUUUUAGAUAAAGGAAAGAUUGGACAAGCUAGCUCUUCGAGAGGUUCGCUUUAACGAAUCGAACGCGGCAAUGCGAGAUACAAAGGCCCAGCUAGCUGAGGCAAGGUGCUCCGCAUCUGAUCUGGCCACGCGCGUUGAGGCCCUCAUCCAAGAAAAAGAAGACUUGAAAAAGGUAGGAAAAAAGACUUGUUUUACGAAUUUAAUUUUGAAGAGACUGCAAACAUAUAGGCAGUAAGUAGUCAUGACUAUUCAAAGCGGAGUUUCCCCCCCCCCCCUUUAAGGCCAGCGAUGUCGCGCAUUGUUCAGUUUUGCCAGAGGAAGCCGUAAGUGUUUCGAUUGGCCAAGGUUUUCUGUCCCGACGGGUUGGUGUCACUAGCUCGAAAAUUCACGAGUACAAAUCGACUUUUUCCGACGAGCCUUCUAUCUUCAUCAUAUUAUCUCGGAAUGCACACUACCUCAACCAGUCAAUAUAUAGAUAUAUAUAAUAUACAGUCAGCGAGAAAAGAACGCACACCGAUCUACUGGCUUCCCGAAGCAAACAGGCUUCGUAUGGGUGGCAAAGUUCACGAAAGGACAACCAAGUACCAUGUAGAAUUCGGUCAAGUUUGCUUGGGGAAGACAACAGAUCGGUACGCGCCCAUUCCUGACUGAAUAAAUGUCCGAUCUACAUCGACAGAGAAUGACAGGUGGCGAGGCACUGAUGAACUUUGAUUCGAUCAAGUGCUAAUUAUCCAUCUUGCAAACCCCAAUGGUAGACCAACUGCGCCAGGUGCGUCUGUGCACAUGUUUUUGAUUCUGGUCCCAUCUGCUGGUCAGGGUUAUGAUUGACUGAGUGAAGGCAAAAUAAGCCCGAAACAGUACUGUAUCAAUCUAAUCGCAUUCUCUGCCCCUUACCACUGAACCACGUACUCGUUGUCCUGUAGGCCAAUUAGUCAGAAAUAGCCCUUCCAGUCCCCUCGGUCUUUGUCGUUAUCAUAUUUUAUCUAUAUUACGCGCCGAUAUGCAGCUGCUGGUUGGACCCGAGAGAGAGAGUCCCAAAGCACAACGGGACGAGUGAGUUUCGUAACAUGAUUGGUGAGCGUUCUUCUACCAUAUAUAUAUAUAUAUGACAUUUUUGGUCUGACCCUAAAAAGUCAUGCCCCCGGACACGUAACUGCAUGUCCUGUACUUGGUGAUUUCUGGAAUUAUCACCAUGAUAUAUAUGUCAGUAUUUUUCACUUUUCCUGCCUUCCACUUGUUCUCAAAGCAAAUCUCCCUCCUGGAGGCCGAGAAGGCUGAGCUCGGGGCUGCUGGUGGACUGCUCAGACAGCGAGUAGAUGCACAGGAGAGGCAGAUCAGUGAGAUGCGUCUCCAGCUGACGGAAGCCUCCGACAAGGCACAGAGGGCUCAGUCUGCACGGGAGGAGAGCGUCUUCGAGCGGCGGAACCAGGCAGUUCAGUAUACCUCUUUGCUGUACGUAAGGUCGAAGAGGCGAUCCAUUUUGAGAUUAAACAGAACACUUGCGGCAAAGUGGCAGUGACCAUCCCCAUUGGAGCAGAAUGAGACUACAGAUGAAGGCAGAAUGGCAUUACCGACAAAGACAAGGGAGACUGGAAUGGCCGUUUCUGGCUUAUUAGCCGUCGUCAGUCGGUUAUACCCGGCCCCGAAGUGUGGAACACCCGAGGCUCAAACCCGCGACCUGUUAGUUAGAAGUCCACGCCUCUAACCACUGAGCCACGAGCCCGUUGCCCUGUCGGUUUCGAUCCGGAAUAUACAAUGGUAGGAGGCGCUCGCCGUUCCUUCUUACGGAACUCACUCGUUCCGUUUUGCCUUAAGGGCUCUCUCUCGAGCCCAACCAGCAGCCGAAAAACGGCGCAUGAUAUAUGCAGAAUGUUAUUACCGACAAAGACAAGGGAGACUGGAAUGGCCACUUCUGGUUUAUUAGCCGUCGUCAGCCAGUCAUACCCAACCUCCAAGUGCGAAACACCCGAGGUUACUUAAGGGAGAAUAAAUGAACCUCCCAUCUUGAUUAGAAAUGUGACGCCCGAGACAGAUCCUGGCUUUGAUAAGACUUCUGUUCAACUGGAUUCCCGACCACCUUGCAUAUGUAUUUCCAUGUGUCUGCGGACCAGGUUUGAACCUGGCCCCAGCUGUUAAUGGGGAGUUUUGCUGAUUGGAUGGUCAAAUAAGAUCUCUCUGUCUCACUGCUUCUAUAUUUUGUAUCCACGGACUGGCCGUUCACAAGUAUUAGCUGUUCAAAUUAGAUAGUUCUGGUCACUUCCCACUUUUGGAUAUCGUAGAAGUUGGUCUGAGUAAUUCCAGUCUGUGGAAAUGAACGUAAUAUACACGCUUGGAGGAAUUCACAUCUAGCUCAACAUAUUAUUCCCCGUAAGGAUAGGUUGUGUAACCCCACUAGGUGACUACUAUGUUUGUUAUAGAAGGCAUUGUUUUUGUAUUAAUUCAUAGCUCCAAGAAGUCUCCUUUUGUGUUAUCCAACACCCUGAUAGAACCGCAUGCACCGAGUUAUUUGGGUAUGACCUCUUAGUGACAAAUUAUUUGACAUUAUGUUUCCGAUUCGGUAACAAUCGGGAGAUGGCACCCAAAAAAAUCCGCCUAACCAAAGCAGCCUGUCUUACGGGACAGGUGGUAAUAGGGGUUUUAUGGGUGGUGACUGGUCGGGAUGCACGAUACCAGCCGACAGAAAGCCUUAUUUGAACAGGUGAAUGAUCGAAGUUGGCCCGCUCUCCGUUCCGUAAUUACAAAAUGUGUCGCCAAAGGCAGUAUAGUGUUAACGGACGAGUGGAAGACGUAUAAUCGUCUUCCCUCAGAAGGUUAUCUGCAUUUCUAUGUUAACGACUCAAAGAACUUAAAGGACCCUACCACCGGACGGCACACCAAUGCCAUUGAGGCAUACUGGAGUAGACCGAAAAGGAAACUCCACGAGGUAGGCCCUGCAUGCGGUCGAGCUGUGUGGGCUCGCAUAGACAAAGUACAGUAUCGUCUUUGGUUUGGCCUCAAUGCCAUGUCUUUGACAAAUGCCUGGGAACUGUUCCUGUCCCAUGUUGUGCAGACUUAUCCUAUUUAAAAGCGAUUUUGUUUUGUAAUAAACUGCCAUAAUGCGAAUGUAUGCCGUAUAUUCUAGGUCUCGGAUUUUUUGGGUGCCAUCUCCCGAUUGUUACCUUCGAUUCUUCUCGUAAUCCCUUUGUCUCACCUUGGUUUCCUAGUUACCCCAUUGUACUUGUAUUGCCUUUCUUUACCGAUUCCUUACGCCGUGGCCUACUUAUUUCUCCUAGAAGAGUAGUUAAACCUUGUUGUGCCACGUCGGUUUUCACCGUACUAUGCAUACUGCAAGGAUCACCGGCUGCGUCUUGGUUCACUUUGCCUCGGUUAAAACGCAAACACUCUUCUUCCUCGACAUCUCUGAACGGUUUCUGUUGCCAAACGCGUACGCCUUGCAAAUUUAUUUUUUUAGGAAUACUUGUUCAUAGUUCCUCUCAUAAAAAAUAAUAAAGCGGUUAAGUUUGGUCGAGAGGUAAGGUUAAACAACCUACCGCUACCCUAUUUCUCUUAAAGAUCUACCGAACCAGGAGAGUGGAGUUAUGCAGAAUUGUCAAAUCCUUAAAUAUGUCUUCAGAUGGAAAAACAUGCCCAAACGAGUUUAGCGUAGUGUAAUAGGGGUAUAUAAGUUGGCAUUAUUUGAAGCGCGGUAGCUUGGACUAUUUCUAUUUUUCUUUUCUGCUAAGAUUCCCAAAAUGAUAUGUAUGUACUGUCUAUGAAAAAUAUGGUAGUUCUCUUCAGAUCACUAUGAAUUAACCUUGUGGUGAUCUAUGCAAAUUAAGGCGCGUCCACAUUUCGUCAGCAUGAGUACGUCCUAAAAGAGCUCUGGAGAAAUUAAUUAUAAAUUUAAAAAAUUCAUAUUUUUACGGAUUUUCAAAAUACACACACAUGCAAACAUUCUUCCUUCAAAAAAUCACUGUCCUGAUCGCAUGAUUUCCUAAAAAUGUGCGUAAUGGUGUUGACUAUUGCAUGUCCUUUGUAAGAAGUAGGAUUGCAUUCAUGGAAAAUCAACACGGGGUUACCACUGCUCAUCGACGUUCUUGCUCGAGUGAGGGGACUGACAGACCUCAAAUAAAAGCCGACACUCUGUCACGCACUAAUUGUUUUGCGACUAUGUCUCAAGUUACUGAGGACUGCUGACCGCAAAAGAAAAAAUACUUGCACUUGAGGUGUUGUUUAUCAAUGUCUACCAGGGCGUCUUUGGUGUUCUCUAUUCAUAAAAAGUUCCUGCGGAAGUCCUUUACACUUUUUAGGAGUUGAAAGUCCCGUUUCAUCCGGAUAUAAUUUCCCACCCUCUACUAAUCUUAAAUAAGUAUCACUCGUGCGUACUCCCUCGACAGGGCAUAUGUCACUUGAGGCAAACAGAGUAAAUCGACGUAGCAAAGUCCAAUGCAUCCAAAUAAUGUUUCUUCCUAGGCAUGAUUUGCGCAGUUGCCUGUAAGAUUGCAAACCAAGGGUCAUUCAAAAAUUAGCUAUAAACACAGUCUUACUAAAUUCUCUAUUUCAACCUCACAGAGACCAUAUCCAGGUGACUCUGCUCUUAUCGUAAGAGUAAUUGGAGAAUUCACUUGCUUUGCGCAAAGCUUAAACACUUAACAAAUUAUUGCCGUUUGCCUUAGUACUCGGAAAUAAUCCGAUUGGCUACCGGUCUUUGUCUAACGUUCAGUAAAGUUUCAAAGUUAACAAAAUGUUACUGAACGGUGGACAAACUGGCAUGUCACGGGAGUCUACCUCAACGCAGCCCGGGCUGAAAGGCGCUAGCAGGUGCGCUGGAAGUCCCUUACGAGUAGUAGUCUUCUAAGCAGAAAACUUUGACCGGCUUGUGGCCGGGGUUACUUGUGCUGAACAAAAGAGCUGAACAUCUAGCAACUUCGAGGUAUCACAAAUGUAUACCCUCUAGACUGUCACCAAGUAAAAAGGAGCAAUAUUUUUACCAUUUAUUGGUUAAUAGUCAAUGAAUUUAAUGUCCUCUUGCAGGCAUUGUUAAAAAGCUAUUGCAUCGUCGUGCCUUUAAUCCGAUGACUACCUUAAUGCGCCAUGACCACGCUUACGCAGCACCCAUCGUGAGGCUUUUUCACUUCUUCCUCUGGCAGGUAUUUUCUUUUAGUAUAAACGUUCCCCGAAGUACAGUAGGUGAACUAACUCAUGAAAUGUCAACUGAAAUUCCCAAAUGCGUUUUUGUUUCGAAAAGAGUACUUAAGUAGGGUUGUAAAACGAAUCAACCUGCAGUAUGAUUAUAUAAUAACUCACUUACCGCAGGAUGCCGGCUUUCGACCGAACUUCCUUUCGGCACAAUGCGAAAAGUAUACUCCGCAAAAAAAGACUACUUAAUUAGUAUGUAUUUGUCUCAUUGAUUUUCGAUGCCCUUACAUAUGCAAUUAUUUUUCAUGGAAAACAUGCAUAAAAAUAUUCAUUCUCCAGCUCAUCCGGCAGAACAUUUUAUAUUAUUCAAUCUCUAAGUACUUUUCUAAUUCCCGAAUAAUUUUGAACCCGCAUUGCCGCCAGUUUUACAUUCAGGGUUUCCAAACUGCAAGCCAUGUAUUUUCCUCGUACGGAAAGCCGCACAUUUCUCUACACUAUUAAGAGGAGACCAUAUGGGGUACACAAAAUUUAGCACUGGAUUCGAUCCAUAUUGUUAACUUUACAAGCCAUAUUGGUAAAGACAGAGACAUUACGUUUUAUGAACGGCCAUUUCACGGUCUUAAAAGUUUCAACAUUAGAAACUUUUUUAAAACCGAAUUAUGUUCUUCAUUCGAGUAUAAAAUUCGAAGAAUACGUAAUUUUCUACCGAAUGUGCGAAAGAAGGAAUAUCUUGUGCAUGUUGUCCAUGAAAUAUAAUAGGACAUUUUGAGGCAUCGAAAAUCGAUGAGAAAAAUGCAUGCUACUUCAGUAGUCACUUGUUAAAAAGUAUCAUUUUCUCUUGCAUCCGGAAGGAAGUUCGUUCGAAAGCCGGCAUCCUGCGGUAAUUGAAUUAUUAUAGAAUAAUACUGCAGGCCGUUUAGUUUUACAACCCUACUUAAUUAAUCUGCUCGGAACGAAAACGCAUUUGGGAAUUUCAUUUGACAUUUAAUGAGUAAGUCCACCUACUGUAUGCCCGCACAAAACGGUAAGUUCUUCGAUUCUAAUGAAAACUGGCUGGAUUCAGGGAAAAUCAUAGCCAGAAACAUUGCGAGGACUAAGCGAUCGAGCAGAGUGAGUUAGCCCACCUCGGCCAUAAAUCAUACCCUUGACCAUCAACCAUAUGUAAACCGGGUUGACGGGUGAGAGAGCGCUAUUGCCUCUGUUAGAAACAGGUCAUGCAUCAAGUGGCAGUAACAUACUGGGAGACAGGAAUUGUCAGACGCCCCCCGUCCACCUCUAACGCCUGUCUCUCUCUCUCUCUCUCAGGGAAUCGUUGGCUGCGUCCUUGAGUACACUCGAAAGUCCCUGUGCUGCCUCGGAGUCCGGCGUCAAGGAGGCCGUAACUCGACUUACUGCAGAUCUGCGCAACUUGCGCAAGGUGCGCCGGUACUGCUCCCCCCCUCACCUCCUUCCCUCCGUGAUUAUGAACACUGGUCCCUCCCCGCCCCCCCCCCGCCGGCAUAGACCCUGUUUCAGCUGCGUUCACCUUUUGGUUUCAGGUCGGUAGUGAGUUGGACCACCGGGUGGGUGAACUGCAGCGUCAAUUUGAAGCCCAGUUCAACAGCGGACUGGCACUGUCGGAGGAGUUGAAGGACGUGCUGCGCCAGCUGGAGGCGGAACGGCAGGAGAGACAGAGAAUGCAGACCGAGCUUGACGGUUAUCGUCUUCUUCGAAGCCCACCCUCUGCCUCGGUGCGUGCCUACUCUUGA